AUGCUUGGUCCAUCUCACAAACUGGGCCCAACACUGGCUAAACCGCCGGACCUUCUAGCUUCAUAUGGAGCAAGUUCGUCACAGUCGUUCAAAGACAGUAAAAAGACCCAUAUCCCGACCUUACUCGCCAAUCUCGUUGACCACGCCCAAAUGGAGCUGCUCCAUACUGUACUGUAUAUCGCCGAGGUGUAUCAUCCGACGCCAUUUAUAACUUUCGGCUCUAGAUCUAGAUAA